AUGAUGGAUCAACUACCAGAAGAAAAGUCGGAUGGCUUGAGCACAGAAGAACUGGAGUGUAAAAUCUGCUACUGCACUUACAGUCUGUCCAGCCACAGACCAAAAGUUCUUGAGUGUUGCCAUCGCCUGUGCUCCAAAUGCCUGGCCAAACUUCUCGACCUGGGUGAGUCGCCCCCAAACAAAGUUGUCUGUCCCUUCUGCCGCUACAUUACAGGUCUUCCUGGAGAUUCCGUAGCCAGCCUACCAGAUGAUUCCAACCUAAUGACAGCACUGUCCAUCCUAAAAAGAGACCAGCUGAAUAAAAGCCAGGGUGAGAUUUUGAUCAGCCCUAGAUGCCUGACCUCUUUAGUGGGUCACUCAGCAUCAGCAUCUCCUUCAUCCGUGUGCUCCAACUAUGUCGUCAUCACCAUAUUAGAGUCUCAGCAGCGUGCCAUCCCAGGGAAUUACAGCUCUUCAAGCUCUGACUCUAUGGCCUCAGUGACGCGCCGCUGCACCGUGUGGAACUGUACCACACUGCUGUGCCAGGCAUCGGCCCGGGCUCUAGUAUGGUUCCUGGGGCUGCUGUAUUUUAGUUCCUUGCCGCUGGGUGUCUACCUGCUCAUCAUGCAGAAGACCACUCUGGGUGCACUGAUGCUCGGCCUGGUGCCUGUCAGUCUGCUCGGGAUCAUGCUUUAUGGGAUUUGCCAGUGCAUGUGCCAGGAGUUCUAUGACUGCAUGCCACCAUAA